AUGCCAUCCAGAUUGAGGAAGACCCGGAAGCUUCGGGGCCACUUGAGCCACGGCCAAGGCCAAGGCCGUAUCGGCAAACACAGGAAGCACCCAGGAGGCCGAGGUAAUGCUGGUGGCAUGCAUCAUCACAGGAUUAACUUCGACAAAUAUCACCCAGGUUACUUUGGGAAAGUUGGUAUGAGGCAUUACCACUUAAAGAGGAACCAGAGCGGGCGGCGCCUCUACUGUCCAAUUGUCAACCUUGAUAAAUUGUGGACAUUGGUCAGUGAGCAGACACGGGUAAAUGCUGCCAAAAACAAGACAGGAGUUGCUCCCAUCAUUGAUGUAGUACGAUCGGGCUACUACAAAGUUCUGGGGAAGGGAAAACUCCCAAAGCAGCCAGUCAUUGUGAAGACCAAAUUCUUCAGCAGAAGAGCUGAAGAGAAGAUUAAGAGUGUUGGAGGGGCUUGUGUCCUGGUGGCUUGA